AUGAAUACGGAAUUUUUUAUUGCUGAAAUACUUGCUAGACCAGCUAUUUGGAAGUCUGGCCACCCACAGCAUAAAUUCAAAAACGUAAUGAAAAAAUUGUGGGAAGAAAUAAAAAUAAAAUUUUCUGAAUGUGAAGUCAGCGAUCUCAAAAAGAAAUGGAAGAACCUGAGGGACACAUAUAGUAAAGAAUUAAAGAAAAUGCCUAAAUCCCGGUCGGGUGAUUCAUCUUCGAAUUAUGAACCAGCCUGGAAAUACUUCACGCUACUAGGAUUUUUGAAAGAUGAGUACAUGCCUUUAACUGCCGAAUCAAACUUAGACGAAGGAGACAGUGAAAUAAUAAUCGACUACGGAGACGAUCAUGAUAUAGCUGUUGAAGUUUUAAAUGAAGUGAGGUCACCUUCUCCUAGUCGUAUAUCUUCACCGAUUGAACCCUCUACAUCUAGUUAUCAAAGUUCAAAAAAAAAACGACAAAAUAUACAAGAUAUUCGAGCAGAAUAUUUAGAGAUUGAGAAAAAAAAACUAAAAAUUCUAGAAAACGAUAUCUCUAAAAAUAUACCUCUUGACAGUGAAAAAAAAACUGAUGAUUACUAUUUUUUAAUGAGUAUUUUGCCUGAAAUGGAAAAACUGCCUCCUACGCAAAAACUCAGGUUAAGAAAUAAAAUUAACCAGGCUCUUUUAGAAGAAAUAACUGUCACGAUAUACGGCGAACCUUAUGGGCGAUGUUGUUACUCGUCUCAACCAAACCAACUAAAUAAUGUUAAUAACGAAUAG